ACUCUGCUUCCGGCUUCAGCUGAGUGUCCAGUUUAUACUCCGCUUACGUCAUGUCCUAAUCCACCGGAAUUACCAAGCUUUCGUCGUCUUCUUCUUCUUCCUUCCCACCGGCGCUUCCUUUACGUGCCACGAUCAAUCGUAUAAUGAAUUGAUCAGCGGCCGAAAUUUGUCGUAAAUCGUGAUCCUUAUGAGAACCAGAAUCGCAUUUCUCGAUUGAAACCAAUUAAGGUUAAGAUGUUACACCAGAGUGGAAACAUUCCUGUGAUUGAAGUGUAUUGGUCUCUGGUCGAGAAAGCCGACAAGAAGUUCUCCAAGAUCAGGGACUUGCCCUACUAUGAACGGAACAGGUAUGAUACAUAUUUCUAUAAGGUAUUCAAGGUGUACACACAGCUAUGGAAGUUUCAGCAAGAGAAUCGGCAGAAGCUGAUGGAAGCAGAUCUCAAGAGAUGGGAGAUCGGUGAGAUUGCAUCUCGGAUUGCACAGCUUUAUUAUGGGCAGUAUAUGCGAACAAGUGACACGAGUUAUUUAUCAGAGUCAUAUAUCUUUUAUGAAGCAAUACUGACACGUGAAUAUUUUAAGGAGGGGAUGUUUCAAGAUCUCAGUCUUGCAAACAAACAAUUAAGAUUUAUUGCUAGAUUUCUGAUGGUGUGUUUGGUUUUGAACCGACGAGAUAUGGUGCAUCAGUUGGUUACUCAGCUCAAAUUGUUGGUUGACGAGUGCAAGAGAACAUUCCAGGAUGCUGAUUUUAAGGAAUGGAAGCUGGUGCUUCAGGAAAUAGCUAGAUUUGUGAGAGCUGACACAGUUUUUUUGAAUGUUAGACCUUUAAGAUAUAGUCUUGUUCUGGACCCUCAUCCGGAUUCACUGCCACGGGUUGCGAAAUCUAUCUCGCUUAGAAAUUUAAGAUUACGGGAUGCGAUAAUGAGCAGCUACCAUCAUAAUGAGGUCAAGUUCUCGGAGCUAUCUCUUGACACUUUUAGGAUGCUUCAGUGCCUUGAAUGGGAACCAAGUGGCUCAUUCUACCAGUCAAGUGGUACUAAAAUUGGUCAGAAUGGGGGUCCAGGGCCCAUUCGCGUUAACCACUCCCAAGAUAUAGCCGAUCCUACUUUGCCAGCAAAUCCGAGGAAAGCCCUAUUAUAUCGGCCAUCUGUCACCCAUUUUCUAGCAGUUUUGGCUACCUUAUGUGAGGAGCUGCCCCCUGAUGGAGUACUUUUAAUCUAUCUGUCAUCAUCAGGUUUCAGAGCUUGUAUGAGUGCCACUGAGAACAUUGUCAGCAAUGCUCCAUUUCUGUCUCAUUCUCAUACCAUCUACUCAGAUUCAACCUCCACUUCUCCCCCUCGUUUACAAAGUGAUAAUGCUGAUCCUGCUUCUAGGCAAAGUAAAGGAGAAUGCACAAGUAACGAUACUGCAUUCUUGUAUUUUGGUACUCGUGGAGAUGGAGGAUUCAAUGGCAUUUAUCCUAGUGACUUAAUUCCAUUUACAAGACGGCCUCUUUUUGUAGUUAUUGACAGUGUUAGCAGUGAAGCAUUCAAGUCUAUACACGGAGCUGAGAAAGGAGAUCCAGCUGCACUGCUUUUAUCUCCAAGCUGUUCAAUUUCUAUCACUGCUGCUGAUCCCUCUCACCAGCUAAGUGGUAGUCUAUUCACCAAUUUUCUCACAGCUCCUUUGCAGGCAUUCUGUCUGUUGCUCGGUUUAUCAGGCCAAGAUAUUGAAAUGGAUACAUAUAACAAGGCUGAUAAGUUACUUUCAUCGUCAUUGAACAAUUGGGGGGUGGCUUUGGCGACAACCGACACCCUUGAUCCUGUUUGGGGGCAGGUUCUAGGUGAUCCAUUCCUGAGACGACUUCUUUUGAGGUUUUUAUUUUGUCGGACAGUAUUGAUGCUGUAUGGCAAAACUUUUGGUAGGAAGGAAUAUCAUCCCGAGUGUAUACCUUCCCUACCGGAGUCUGUCCUACCAACAACUAUUGCAUCCCAAUCUGUAGUUCUGCAAUUGGCAGAUAUCUUUGGUGCAAGCAACAAUUUUAUCUUUUCAGAAGGAAUUGUGCUUUCUGAGAAUACACAAUGUGACAUGGACACAACUCCUCCUUGAAGUUUAUUGGGAUCUUGGAAAGCUCAACUUGUAGAAUUUCGAUUGAAUUGAUUUGUGUGAACUUUUUCUGUUUAAAGACCAAUCCAACAACCUUGCUGUGGGGUAUGCCUUGAAGAAUAAUAUGAAGUAUUUAAGCUUGUGUGUUUACAUGAUUUGAGGUUGCACGUCUUGGAUUUCCUGUGAUGACCAUGUACCUAUAAAUAGCAUUAAACAUCCUCCUUUUUUAUUCCCAUUCAAUUGCAGGAUCAAAAAUGGCAGCUGUUAAACUCA